AGAAUGCUGAAAGUGAAAAAGUGAAAGGUUUUCAAGAAGCGAAAAGUUUAAAGAAAAAGCCUAGUGGAAAAAGUGAUUGUGAAACAAAGAAGCAAACAUCUUCAGGAAUUCCUCAAGCUCUAAUAUCUCGUUCUAUUAAAGAUUCGCGUCUUAUUCCACAAUUGAUUUAUGCUAUUGAACAGUAUGAACGAUUUUUAAUGCAACUGUCUAAAAAAUCGAAGGUUAAUCUUAUGCGUAAUGUAAAAUUGAGUACAUCUCGAGAUUUUCGUAUUAAUCAAGCUACUCUAGUUGCUACUUUAGAACAAUCUGCUGCUGCUCCUUUGAGUGUUAGCAGUCUUAGUGAUAUAGAUGGUGAUGAUGAUGAUGAGAAUAAUGUAGACAAUCAACCUGUGAAUAGUGUUCAUCCAGUUGAAGAUGGGACGGAGAGUGAGGAUGCUAAUCCCGAGGUUGAUGAACAUCCACAUGGAGAUGUUGAUGAUGAUGAUGAAGAAGAGGAAGAAGAAGGAGAGGAGGAGGAGGACGUGGAAGAGGAGGAGGCCGUUGAUGGUGAAGAAGAAGAAGAAGAUGAGAGUGGAGAGGAUGAAAGUUCUGAGGCUGAUAGUGACGUCCACAAUGAAGACGGUGAUGAUAGUGGUAAUGAUGAUGAUGGUGGCAUUGUCGAGGAUGACAUUGAUCCAGCCGCUUUAUUAUUAAGUGCACAAAAUGAUGAAGAUAUCGAAAAUAUGUCGUCUUCAACACCAUCAAAUUCUGCAUCGAAAUCACGGACUGAAACGCCUUUAUUGCUUAGAAGAGUUAAUCCAGUUUCACAACGAAAUUCAGCGAUGAAAAGAACAUUGAAAUCGAUCACAAAUGAAAUCGAUAUAUCUGCUAAGGCGAAAAUUCGUAGACCCUGAAUAUGUGUAAUUAUGAACCAGAUUUCCAUUGUUAUAAUCGUUUUUGUUUUUAACAAUCAAUUGAUCCGUUUUUACUAUUAUUGUAUACAUAUUUAGUGAGUAACAAUCACAAUACGAUUUUAUAAUAAUAAAAGUGC